GCUAGCUGGCUAUCUUAAGUACUUCGCUACACUUCCAUAGCUAGUUAGCGAAGUGAAGAUAAGAAAAAUGGAGUUGGAUGACGGCGUUCUUUACCAGGACGACCCGGGCACUUCGGCGAUGAUGUCCGAACGCGUGUCCGGCUUGGCAAGUUCAAUCUACCGCGAAUUUGAACGACUGAUCGGGAAAUAUGACGAGGACGUUGUGAAGGAACUCAUGCCUCUUGUCGUUGCUGUUUUGGAGAACUUGGACUCUGUGUUCGCGCAGAAUCAGGAGCAUGAAGUCGAGCUGGAGCUGCUGAAGGAAGACAACGAGCAACUUAUCACACAGUAUGAAAGGGAGAAAGCGUUGAGGAAAGGCGCCGAAGAGAGAUACAUUGUAUACGAAGACUCCCAGGAACAAGAGAAGAAGGACCUUCAGUGCAGGGUGGUGCUGCUGGAGUCUCAGGCCAGACAACUGGAGCUCAAGACCAAGAACUACGCCGAUCAGAUCGGACGGUUAGAAGAACGAGAAGCUGAACUGAGAAAAGAGUACAAUGCCCUCCAUCAAAGACACACAGAGAUGAUUCACAGUUAUAUGGAACAUUUGGAGCGAACCAAACAUCAGCAGCUGACGGCGAGUGAGGCCACAGACACGGGGACCGUGGGCAGACUACGAAGGGAGCGUCCUGUGUCCAUAGGGAUCUUCCCUCUGCCCGGGGGUGAUGUGCUGACCCCUGAGGUCCAGAGAGAACCCGUGGAGACCCCGGGGACGGACACCUGGAGAUACAACGACCUUGGCCAUCCUCGCUCCAACACUAGCAUCAAGGAUGAACUGUCUGCCGCAAGUCGGGGAGGCUCCAAAUCUGCCACGCCGAUGUCCACGGCAACCUCUGAUGUUGCCAUGGCGUCCGUGGACACGCCCCGGACGGAGGAUGCGGAGGGAUUGAACAGCAACCUAGAUUCCAGCAAUGGGAAACCAAGCAGCAGUAAGAAUAUUAGCGUACAGGGUGGACUAGAAACAGAAACUCCAUCUUCAGAUGCGAGUGAAAAUGUGGAGAAGUCCGAGGUGCAAGCGAUCAUUGAGUCCACUCCUGAACUGGACAUGGAUCUCAGUGGAUGCCAAGGAGCCAGCACUCCCACUAAGGGAAUCGAGAACAUGGCCUUUGACCGGAACACUGAGUCUCUGUUUGAGGAGCUCUCCUCUGCGGGCACAGAUCUCAUAGGGGAUGUUGAUGAAGGUGCUGACUUACUGGGGAUGGGUCGAGAAGUGGAACAUCUUAUUCAGGAAAACACACAGCUGCUGGAGACAAAGAAUGCCCUGAACGUGGUGAAGAACGACCUGAUCGCUCGCGUCGAUGAACUGACGUGCGAAAAAGACGUUCUGCAGGGCGAACUGGAGGUGCUCCGACAGGCCAAAGACAAACUGGAGGAGAGGAAUAAGGAGCUGGAGGAGGAGAUCAAGAGAGUGCGUGCAGAGGCAGAGGAGAGCAGACAGAAAACGAAAGAAGAUGAUGACAGCGACGUGCCCACAGCCCAGAGGAAGCGCUUCACGCGGGUGGAGAUGGCGCGGGUGCUGAUGGAGAGGAACCAGUACAAAGAGAGGCUGAUGGAGUUACAGGAGGCUGUGAGGUGGACUGAGAUGAUUCGAGCCUCGAGAGAGAACCCAACGCUGACAGAAAAGAAAAAAUCCAGUAUCUGGCAGUUUUUCAGCCGGCUCUUCAGCUCCUCCUCGAGUGCUGCGGGGAAAAAGCCUGAGGCGCCCGUCAAUGUCAAAUACAACGCGCCCACUUCGCACAUUGUCCCCUCUGUCAAGAAGAGGAGCAGCGCCCUCGCCCAGCUACCCAGCGACAAAUCAAAGGCCUUUGACUUCCUCAAUGAGGAGCCAGAGGUGGAGAAUGUUGUGUCACGCAGGGAACAGAAACGAGCCCAGUACAGACAGGUGAAGGCUCACGUGCAGAAGGAGGACGGCAGGGUGCAGGCCUAUGGCUGGAGCCUGCCCCAGAAAUACAAGGUUACCAAUGGUGCUCAGGCAGAGAGUAAGAUGAAGAAUUUACCAGUGCCCGUCUACCUCAGGCCCUUAAAUGAAAAAGACGCUUCCAUGAAGCUAUGGUGUGCCGCGGGGGUGAACCUGACAGGAGGAAAGACGCGUGACGGUGGUUCCAUUGUGGGGGCGAGUGUGUUUUAUAAAGACCUGUCAGGAGCAGAGAGCGGUUCUCUCAGCCCACGGCCCAGAAUAGGCUCUCAGAGCAGCCUGGACAGGCUAGAGCAGGAGCUCAAGGAGCAAGAGAAGGAGCUGAGGCAUCAGGAUGAACUGUCCAGCCUGGUGUGGAUCUGCACCAGCACACAAUCCACCACCAAGGUCAUCGUUAUCGACGCCAACCAGCCCGGGAACAUCCUGGAGAACUUCUUUGUCUGCAAUUCUCACGUGCUCUGCAUCGCCAGCGUACCAGGGGCCCGGGAGACAGAUUACCCCGCGGGCGAGGAGGUGCCCCAGGGGAAAGAGUCCGGCCAGGGCGAGGGAGCGUCUGCGACGAGCAAGACGGCGAACAGCGGGUCGACGGGCGCCGAGGGCGUUCUGGACGGCAUCACGGUGGUGGGCUGCUCCGCUGAAGGGACAGUGGCCAUUCCCCAAACAGCCUGCACCAGCUCCACGGAGCUGAUUGUCCGGCUCUUUCCUUCCCCAGGCUUGGGCAGGGCUAAAGUGCAGCGCGGCCCUGGUCGGGAUGGGGUCCCCGCGGCGGAGGAAGCCCUGGAGGCCACGGAGGUCAGCGCCGUGUCCGCAGAGGAGAACUCGGUGAUGGGUGUCAGCCCGGGGGGGAUCUACACAGAACACGUGUUUACGGACCCGCUGGGAGUCCAGAACCCAGGAGAGACGCCGUCCACGUACACGCAGAGCAGGGAGAGUGACCUGGUGAAGGACGGAGUGAGUUCAGUCCCCGAGGAUCAGGACCUGAUGAGGGAGGAGGCCAGUAAAAUGAGCAGUGUCCUACCCACCAUGUGGUUAGGGGCCCAGAAUGGCUGCGUGUACGUACACUCGUCCGUGGCACAGUGGAGGAAGAGUCUUCACUCAAUAAAGCUAAAGGACUCCAUCUUGGGAAUUGUCCACGUGAAAGGACGGGUGCUGGUAGCGCUGGCUGAUGGGACUCUGGCCGUUUUCCACAGAGGAGUAGAUGGCCAGUGGGAUCUGACCAACUACCAUCUGUUGGACCUGGGCCGACCCCAUCACUCCAUCCGCUGUAUGACAGUGGUGCAUGAUAAAGUGUGGUGUGGCUAUAGGAACAAAAUCUUCGUGGUCCAGCCCAAAGCCAUGAGGAUAGAGAAGUCGUUCGAUGCCCAUCCUCGUAAAGAGAGCCAGGUGAGGCAGCUGGCGUGGGACGGAGACGGCAUCUGGGUGUCCAUCCGUCUGGACUCCACACUCAGACUGUUCCACGCGCACACUCACCAGCACCUGCAGGAUGUGGACAUAGAGCCUUACGUCAGCAAGAUGCUCGGGACUGGUAAACUGGGUUUCUCCUUUGUGAGGAUUACAGCCUUGAUGGUAUCCUGUAAUCGUCUGUGGGUCGGCACUGGAAAUGGCGUUAUCAUCUCCAUCCCUCUGACAGAGAACAAAGUUUCCACGGGGACGUCAAACCGCCCGGGCAGCGUGAUCCGCGUCUACGGAGACGAGAAGAGCGAUAAAGUGACCGCAGGCACUUUCGUUCCCUACUGCUCGAUGGCUCACGCGCAGCUCUGUUUCCACGGUCACAGGGACGCCGUCAAGUUCUUCGCCGCUGUGCCAGGUCAGGUGAUCCCGUCUGCGGGCGCAGGGGGAGAGGCAGGAGGCGACAAGCCUCCGACGACAUCAUCAGAUUCCCCCGCGCCGGAGCCCAGCAAGUCUGUCCUGGUCAUGAGUGGAGGGGAGGGCUACAUAGAUUUCAGAAUGGGGGACGAGGGAGGAGAGACGGAGGACUUUGAUGAGCCCACUCUGAAGCUCCAGCCUUUCCUGGCCAAAGCUGAGCGCAGUCACCUCAUAGUGUGGCAAGUCAUGAUGGACGGGGAGUGACUCCCUCCCUCUCGCUGUCUGACAUUGGUUGCCAUGCAUAAGUCAAAGCACUAAAGGACUCCACCCCA